AUGGCGACAUUAUUGAAGGGCACUGCCUUCAUAACAGGCGCAGGAUCAGCAGGCAUUGGGCAGUAUACCGCAUGGGCUUUUGCGAAGCAUGGUGUCAAACGUCUCGCCUUGAGCGAUAUCAACCUCAAGGCGUUACGGACGACUGUCGACGAGCUGAGGAAUCGACACCCCGAUGUCGAAGUCGAAUCAUUGGAGAUGGACGUUGCCGACGAAGGAUCCGUGGAGUCAGGCCUUUCAAGAACCGUGAGCGCGUUCGGCAGCCUCGAUAUCGCGGUCAACAACGCAGGAGUUGGCGGUCCGAUGAAGCCCACAGCAGAAGUGGCAACGGACGAGUGGAAGAGGCAUUUCGACAUCAACUUGACUGGAGUCUGGCUGUGCGAGCGCGGUGAGAUCCAGCGCAUGUUGAAACAGAACAGCAACCGCGGUCCUCGCGAAGGACGAGGCACAAUCAUCAACGUUGCAUCUAUGCUUGGUCUUGUGGCCGCAUCGCCAACAACACCAGCAACUGCCUACGUAGCGGGGAAGCACGCGGUCAUGGGCCUCACGAAAACAGACGCAGUAAUGUACGCUCCGCAUGGUAUCCGCAUAAACGCCAUGUGUCCCGGUUAUGUGGAGACUCCGUUGCUCAAAGCUGCAACAGCCUCCGGCAUUAUGGACGGUGAAAUCAAGAAGACGCCGAUGGGCAGGCUGGCGCAGAUGGAGGAAAUUGCAGACGCUAUUGUCUUCCUGGCGUCUCCCUUCAGUAGUUUCAUGUGUGGCGCCGGGCUGGUUGUAGACGGAGGCUUUACAGUUCAAUGA